AUGGCAGCAAUUUUGUUUGAAGUUGACAGUUAUCAAGACAUACAGGGAGAAGUUUCAUUGCAAUUGCAUAUUGAAAACAUAUUUAAUCUCAAGAAAGCAGUUAAAGCCAAAUUGAAAUCAAAGCUCAAGAGUGAGACCAAUGCACAAGCACAACAGCUACAAGAUCCAAGAGAAAAGCUUUUAGAAAUUCAUAGUGUAGGCCCUACCAGCAAGAACAGAGGCAAGCAAGCAUUCCUGAAAUCUGAUGAUUGCCUUAAUCUUAAUUUUCAUGACCUCCUGUUCUUCUUCAAUCUGACUUGA